AUGGAGGAUAUUGAAAUAAAUUUAUCUAAAGACAAAAAAAAAGAGUUUACUCAACUUUUAGAAAGUACAACACCAACUGAUAAACUUGCUUUAUUUUUUAAUUUACAAGAACAAAGAGUACUUAUUUCAAAUCAAUUUACAAGUAAUUUUAAAAAAUUUUUAAAAGAUCAAAAUAUUGAAGAAUACAAUAAAGGUUGUCAAUCAAUUACAACUCAAUUAUCAAGUAUAGGUGAAGAGAUUAUUCAAAUACAAGAAUCAUUAUCAACAACAAAUCCUGAAUGGUCAAAGAUUAUAUCUGAAGUUAGAGAGAAUGAAAAAACAAAGUUUAUAUUAACAGCACAAAAUCAAGUUUUAAAAGUAGAGAUUGAUAAUAGCCAACAAUUAACAUCAAAUAAACCAAAUGAAAAACCAGCAGCAGGUAGUUGUUUCUAUGAACAUAUUGAAAAAUGUGAAAGUCAAAUUAAUGAAAAUAGAUUAAAGAUUAAUGAUUGUAUAGAUACUAUCAAUGAAAAGUUAGAAAUUUUAAAAUAUGAUUUAAAUGAAGCAUUCGCUGGUUUAAAUACUGAUACAAGUAAAGAAAAUCAAUCUAAUCAUUCUCAUCAUCACCAUGAUCAUAAAUAA